AUGCCUACAGAAGGAGUCUACUACACCCCCAACGGCAAAAAAACCGUCAUCCCCCUCGAAAACAACCCCGACGUCUUCACCUCCCUCAUCCACGACCUCGGCAUCUCUCCCGAGCUAGGCUUCUUCGACGUCUACAGCCUCGACGAGCCCUCCCUCCUCUCCCUGGUGCCCCGCCCCGCGCUCGCCUUAAUCUUCAUCUCUCCGGCGCCAAUGUACUACGCCGUCCGUUCCGCCGACGGCACGAAGCUCGCCAAGGAAGACGGGGUGACGUAUGCUGGGUCCGGGUCGGAGGAGCCUGUGAUUUGGUUUCGGCAGACGAUUGGGAAUGCGUGUGGGUUGUAUGCACUCAUUCACGCCGUGGGCAACGGGCCCGCGAGGGAGUUUGUGCAGGAGGGGUCGUUGAUUGAGAGUCUGCUCAAAGAGGCGGAGCCGUUGAAGUGGGAGGAGAGGGCUGAUGUGUUGUAUAAUAGCCUACCGCUGGAAGAGGCGCAUAUGAAGGCUGCGAGGAGGGGAGAUACGGCGGCGCCGCCUGCGGAGGAGAAGCCUGGGUAUCAUUUUAUUGCGUUUGUGAAAGGAAAGGAUGGGCAUUUGUGGGAGUUGGAGGGCGGGUCGGAUGGGCCUGUUGAUCGGGGGUUGUUGGAGGAGGGGGAGGAUAUGUUGAGUGAGGGUGCGUUGGAGAGGGGGGUGAAGAGGUUUAUUGGGUUUGCGGAUGGGAACUUGGAGUUUAGUAUUGUUGCGUUGGCGAAGAGGGAGGAGUGA